AUGGCGAAGACCAAAGAUCCACCGACCGGCGAAACCAAAGCAGCUACCGACGAAGCUGUAGAAGAAACUACCAUCACCGUCAAAGAUGAUGAGCAGCAGGAGGAAAAGCCCCAAGUGGGCAAUUAUUGGAGAAUCCUUUCACACAGGACCUCAACCGACAGUACAGCCCUUCUGAUUGGAAUUUUCUGCGCCGUCGCCUCUGGCACUGCGCUCCCGCUGAUGAAUAUUGUCUUUGGCCGUUUAGUUGGCGACUUCAAUGGCUACUUCCUCCCAGACAGCGGCGUGACUAAGUCGGAGUUCAAAAGUUCAGUCAACAAAAAUGCGCUAUACACCUUUGCCUUGUUCAUAGCCAAAUUCGGCUUGACCUAUAUAUCAAUGUUCUGCUUCCGGACGACGGGACUUCGAAUAUCCGCCAAUUUGAGACUGGCCUAUAUGAAGUCGCUCUUCUCACAGCCGAUCAAGAAGUUGGAUGAGGUUUCGUCAGGCACUGUGACGAACACCAUCACCACCUCAGCCAACACCAUCCAAAUGAGCAUAUCGGAUAAACUUCAUUCUCUCUUCAUGUCCCUCGCCCUGAUCAUUUCCGCCUAUGCCGUUGCCUUUCGAUUCUCCUGGGCUAUGACACUGGUGACAAGCUCAACCUUGCUCUUUGUGCUGGUGGUGUACAGCAUUAGCACACCCAUAGUCCUCAAGCAGAUGCAACGACUGGAAAAGGCGAAUGAGAAAGCUGCAUCGAUAGCGGGAGAAAUUUUCAGUUCCGUCCGAGCAGUCUUCUCACUAGGCGCCGAACCAGCCUUGACCAAGAAGUACUUCUCAGCAGUGGAAAAUGCAAAAAAGAAUGGUCUCGGGAUGUCUUUACAGAUGGGUAUUCAACUUUGGCCCAUCUAUUUUUCGAUGUAUGCCAGUUUUGCCUUAUCUUUCUGGUUCGGCUUGAAGCUCUUCCGUGAGGGCCAUAUUGACAACAUCAACACGGUCAUAACUGUUUUCUUCUCCGUUCUCAUAGUCGUCGGCGUUUUGGGCACUCUUGUAGCUCCUGUCAUUCUCAUGCAAAGAGCCAUCGGCUCCUCGACCGAAUUUUUUGCUAUGAUCGAUUCGCCCAGUCUGUCCUACGAAGGUUUAGACGAGUCUGACUUGAGUUCUCACGAGGACAUCGAAUUUCGCGACGUCUCUUUCGCUUACCCUUCACGGCAGCAUGUGCCUGUUCUACAAGGCUUCGAAGCCACUUUCCCAAAAGGCAAGACGACUGCUUUGGUAGGACCUUCGGGCAGUGGCAAGAGUACAAUUGUUGCUCUGUUGGAGCGAUGGUACGAUCUCAGACCGGACAAGGAGGAUGAAGAGGAGGCCCACAAAUCUAGUAAGGAUGGCAGAGAUUCCACCGUGGUUUCUGAGACUGAGAAUACCACUCAAGAGAAGAAUGCGCCGGUAGACAACCAAGGUGCGAUCUUUGUGGGAGCUCAUAAUAUCUCCGAUACCAAGUUGAAGUGGUGGCGAUCGCAAAUUGGUCUUGUUCAGCAGGAACCAUUUCUAUUCAACGAUACGGUCCUCAACAAUGUUUCUUUUGGUUUGCUCGGCACUAAGUGGGAGCAUGAGAGCGAGGAGCUCAAAAGACGGCGUGUGGAAAAGGCUUGCAAGGAGGCCUUUGCAGAUGAGUUCAUAAACCAGCUUCCAGAUGGCUAUCUGACCAAAGUCGGCGAAAGUGGGAUCAAGUUGAGUGGUGGCCAGCGCCAACGUUUGGCCAUUGCACGCAGCAUCAUCCGUGAACCAGUUAUCCUGGUCCUCGACGAAGCAACCAGUUCAAUUGACGUCCGUGGUGAAAAAAUCGUGCAACAGGCUUUGGACCGUGUCUCCCAAAACCGUACAACCAUAGUCAUUGCGCAUCGGCUCUCCACAAUCCGAAAGGCCGAUAAAAUAGUCGUCAUGCGUCAAGGGCGCAAAGUCGAAGAAGGCACCCACGACACGCUUCUGGCCAUCACAGAUGGUGUUUAUGCCGGUCUCGUACAUGCACAACAGCUGGAGGCCGAGUCAGCGCCUCCAAUGACAGAUGCCGAUGAAAGAUCCAUAGAGGCGGUUGACAGAGUCGACACAAGGGCUUCAGCAAAACAAAAUACGGAAGCUUCAACCACGGUUUACAAACGCAAAGGCUUAAUAGGCACAGUAGGGCUUUUUUUCUACGAGCAGCGGCGUCAUUGGAAGAUCUAUGUCGUGCUAGUGGCUGGGAUCUUUGGUGGAGCAGCUGCGUACCCACUGCAGAGUUUCAUCUUUGCCAACCUUGUCAAAGUAUUCACCUAUACUGGAAACAAACUCAAGUCGCGCGGUGACUUUUGGUCGUUGAUUUUCUUUAUCCUCUCGCUCGGCGUGGGCGUGUGUUAUUUCACGCUCGGCUACUUCUCCAAUCAUAUGUCGGUCCUCGUGGGAACUACGUAUCGGCUCGAAUACUUCCAAAAUAUCCUUCGAAACCCGAUUCCAUUCUAUGAUCGAGAAGGCAAUUCGUCCGGAUCCUUAAUGGGUCGUCUCUCUACAGACCCGAAGGUACUUCAGGACCUCCUGGGCUUCAACGGCAUUUUCCCUACCAUCGCCGUCUUUAAUGUUAUCGGAUGCGUCGCCAUCUCCUUCACAUACGGUUGGAAAUUGACAGUGGUCAUCUUGUUCUCUGCAAUGCCCGUCAUUUUGGUAGCAUUCAUGAUCCGAAUCCGCUUCGACCUAAAAUUCGAAGAGUGGAACAACCAAGUCUUUUCGCAAAGCUCACAGUUCGCCAAUGAGGCCAUCGGUGCUUUUCGCACAGUCACGUCACUUACUAUGGAAGACACCAUCAUCAACAAAUAUGAGACGCUGCUGCGAGAUCAGAUCCGCAAAUCAACACGAAAAGCGACUUACGCUGCUCUCGUCUUUGCUCUCUCCGACAGUCUCGAGCUCUGUUCGAUCGCCUUAACAUUCUGGUACGGCGGCCAACUCCUCGCAUCCCACGAAUAUGAACCCACUCAAUUCUUCGUCAUCUACAUUGCCCUGAUUAUGGGCGCCCAGGGAGCCGGUCAAUUCCUCAGCUUCGCUCCCGACCUGGCAAACGCCACCGCAGCUUCCAACCGCAUUCUCGACAUUCGACACGAAGUCACUGAAAAUCAACGCAAGACCGCCACGAGCCCACAGACCCCACUCACCCAUUCCCGGACGGGCGCCAAAAUCGACUUUAACAAUGUGACCUUCCAAUACCCGACCCGCGAGACUCCCAUCUAUCGGCACCUCGACAUCUCCAUCCCCGCCGGGCACUUUGUCGCCUUCGUUGGCCCUUCCGGUUGCGGCAAGACGACAGUCAUAUCCCUCCUCGAACGCUUCUACGAGCCCAACGCUGGAGCGAUACUCUUCAACGACACAGAUAUCCGCGACUAUGAAGUGUCAUCGUACCGCCGCGCCCUGUCCCUCGUGGCUCAGGAACCCAAGCUCUUCGACGGCACGAUCCGUGAGAACCUCGUUCUGGGUCUGGAAGACGAUUCGGAGACCGGCUCUGGCGGCGUCGUCGACGACCCCAAAAUCAUCCGCGCCUGCCAAGCCGCCGAGAUCCACGACUUCAUCACCUCUCUACCUGAUGGGUACGCGACGCCCCUGGGAAUCAACACGCAGACAUCGCUCAGUGGAGGUCAGAAGCAGCGUCUGUGCCUCGCCCGCGCGCUGCUGCGAGAACCCAUGCUCCUCCUACUCGACGAGGCGACGUCCAGUCUCGACUCGCAGUCGGAGAAACUCGUGCAGGCCGCCAUCGAGAACCUGGCGGGCCAACGAAGCAUGACCGUCAUCGCCGUCGCGCACCGUCUCGCCACCGUCCAAAAGGCCGAUUUGAUCUUUGUGUUUGGCGAGAGUGAAGUCGGGAGAGGGUCUAGAAUCUUGGAGCGUGGUACGCACCACGAUUUGUUGAGACGGAGGGGUGCGUAUUGGCAAAUGUGUCAAGAGCAGGCUCUCGAUCGAUGAAGAAUCCCUCCCCCGAAAAGUACAAAAUACUUUUAUAUACGUGACGCAUGUCUACCGUGGAUGCUCGCCGCUUAACUACAUCGCAUAUAUUUACGGAGUACAAGGUGUAUAUAUAUUUCUUUCUCUCUUCUCAAU